AUGGGGAAUCCGUCCCGGGUACGAUCUCUCUCCCGUCUCGUUCGUCCCGUCGCGCGUCGUGCGAACCGUGACGAUUCGACACCCCUCGUAGGUGAAAACGGGGAAGCCGGCGAGUUCGAUCCUCAUUGCGACCCGGAUCAUCCUCAGAUCCUCUCUUUCGACAGCAUCCCGGCCGCCUACGUCCGCAUCAAGGACGGCAUCGCCUACACUCCCUGCACGGCGAGUCUCCGUCCGUCCGCCGCGGACGUCCCUCCCGAGACCUCCUUUCAUCCUCUCUUCCCUUCGACGCGCAGCUUCAAGGAGAGAGGGGCGAGGAACACGUUGUUGCAGCUGUCGGAGGAGCAACGGCGGGCCGGGGUCAUCGCGGCCUCUGCGGGCAAUCACGCCCUCGCCCUCUGUUACCACGGCAAGGACCUCGGCGUUCCGGUCACCGUCAUCAUGCCGACCGUCGCACCCAUCAUGAAGGUAUCCUUCUCUCCCGUUUCCGUCGCUUUUCCUCCGGGAGCGAUCGCUCGAUCCUCCCCUCUCGCCGGCGAAACCCUCGUCGCGACCGCGAGGAUCGUCGAAGACGUCGUUUCGUCCGAUCGGUCUCGAACCGUCCAGAUGUGCAAGAACCUGGACGCGACGGUGAUCUCCUACGGGGAUAACCUCGGGGUGUCGAAGCGGAGAGCCCUGGCCAUGGCCAAGAGAGACGGUCUCGUCUACGUCAACGGGUGAGCAUCCGAGUCCAGACGCGACGACCGAGCCGAUUCCUUCCGACCGUCACAGAAUCCAACCGAUCGCGACGCGGCCUCCGACCGUACAGAAAAAGUUUCAACAUGUUCAAAUUCAAACCGGUGAAUCGACGGCGAUUCACCGGUGAAUUACUGUUGAAUCACUGGUUUUCAACGUCUAUUCAACAGGGA